UGAAUUGCAAAUGUCAGUGUAAUGAUUUUGUGAGAUUUUUAUUUGUAUUUGCUUAUCUUAUUUGAAUACAUAUAUUUGUAUUAUUUAGUCUAACGCAUUUAUCUAUAUACUUUGUAAAUACUGCAGAUCGCUUUCAUCUUCUCGAAUCAGUUUUAUUGCUUGAUUAUAGAAGUUGCAAAAAUGUUACGGCUCCGUCCCAAGUUGGGAAGUGACCGCAACAACGAAUGGCGUUGUUGCUUCUGUCUGCAUGUGCGCACCGGCACCAUCUUGCUUGGUACAUGGCAUCUGAUGCUACAUUUGGUAGCUUUGGGAUUCCUGGCGGCGAUCGUGCGCGACCCUCGCCUGCUGGAGGAGCUGGAGCGUGACUCUGCGCCAGCGGACUGGGGCGAGCUGGGCGCGGCCAUGCCCACUCCGCUCUCCAACGUGGAGUCGCCGCCCAGCCCCUUCCCGCAGCACGGCAACCAGCCCCGAGACUAUAGCUUGAUUUACAAUGAUGUGGAUCUUGGUGCACUGGUUACCCUUUGUACUCUGGUGAUCACACUCUUCCUGAUCUACGGCGCUUCCCGCGGUAAGCCAGUGCACCUGCUGCCGUUCUUCUGCCUGCAAAUAUUCGACUUUGCUAUCACUGUUAUGACGGCUACCGGGUACCUGUGCCACUUGCGCUCCAUCCACCACCUGAUCGCGGAGACGAAGCGCGUGCCGUGGCGCGCGCAGCUGCUGCAGCUCUCCACGCCCACGCUCACCCUCAUCGUGCUCGGCGCCAUACUGCUCGCUAUUCUCAUCAAGCUGUACUGCCUGCGCGUGGUGUGGCGCUGCUUCAAGUACCUGUCGAUGCUGUCGAUCCCCGCGCUGAGCCCCUUCGUGAUCUCCAGCGAGGCCGCGAGCCCCGGCCCCGUGCCCUACGCGCCCGCGCCCUACUCCAGCCUGCUGCCCGACUACGAGGAAGCCGUCAAACAGACCCCCCCGCCCUCCUACCGCGCUGCCACCCUCAUGGCUGUUAUCGAUCCUAAUGUGGUUACCGCUGAAGUAUCCGCCGCCCCCGCCCCCGCCCCAGCCGCUGCUGCCCCCGCCCCCGCCGCCGCCGCCCCCCCGCAGCAGUCCACCGACACAGUCGUGAUGCUGCCGCAGCAAGGAGCGCACGUGCGCGUCUGAAUCUCUUCAUUAAUAUUACCAUACGGCAAAUGCCAUUAUAUUAUUGUUCGAGUAGAAAAAAAAAAAAAA